GCUGCAUAUGGUUCCCAGGGUUGGACGGACUUUGGGCAAACAUUUGCCGAAGGUCACUGGAAAUUGCUGGAAGAUGCGAACAUUUUCCGCUGCUUCAUCCGAUGCAUCCCGCAUUGAUGUCCGACAGAGUUGGAAUUCGCUGACGGGAUCCCAAAAGCAAGCGUGGAAUGUGCUUGGCGUGGAAGGGGCAACUAUGUGGAAGCGCUUAUCGCAACCAGAUGAAAGUGUCAAAGUGUUGAAACUGAAGAGAUUUGACAAACUCACGGCUGCACAACAAGCCGCUGUUAUACAUGGACUGGAUUUAGAUGUUGCAACUUGGGAUGCAUUCGUUGAAAAGCGUAAGUCUCAGCUGGAAAGUGCUCCCCUUGGGCACACAGAAUUGGCUGAGAGCAGGGACGUUGCGCGAUCUGGACUUGCAGAUUCGAUCCUUAGUAGCGCCUGGAGCAUCACCAAGCGCUACGGCCCUGCUCUGGGCGCCGUGCUGAGCGAUGCAAAGGUCACGACGGGAAGGAUGCCGCGGUCGGGCGCGGCUGCAGUGGCCGCGGUGGCGGGGCAGCUGUUGGAGAUGCUGCCGUGGAUGGUGGAUUUCAGGGAGGGGCAGGUGUUAGUGGAGGAGCUAGAAACUGUCCUCUACUUGGACGAUUCGGGUUCCAUGAACGGUGCCAACUUGUCGGAAGCUCGUGGAGCGCUGCGGAAGAUGGCACAUUUGUUGCAGGAUAGUCCUACACGCGUAUGUACGUUCGGCACUCAUAAACAAGUGAUCCUUCCGCGCGAGCCAAACCGCAGUCCCCGAUCUUCAAGCACGAAUGCGCUGGCGGCUCCUGAGAGGACUCCUCUAUAUUUCAGCCCAAAGUUCGAGAAGCUGAAUCCAGAUAUCAUUGGUCUUCAGUGGAAGGGUCGGUCACCAGGAACUUACAUGUGGCACAUGAUACUGGGAGACAUCCGGGAAAAGUACCUUCCAGGCAACGGCAAGCUCCGUGCCAUCGUCAUCACUGAUGGUUUGGAUACACACAGCCCCUCUCCGUACCAAGGCAUACAGGGGAUGAAUCCCAUGAUGCGGCAGUUGUUGGAAGAUGGAUUUGACAUUGAAUGGCACAUUGUGGUGAUUUCUAUCAACAAUAUCUUGGGUCGUCCUGCGAUUUCAAGCGCGGAUAUCCUGAAAUACGAGGCUUUGGCAGAAACUACAGGUGGUGGUUUCCUGCACAUUGAUGAACCUGGGGUGAUGAAUGAUUAUAGCGCCCGACAUUUUUUGACUUCCCUAGAAAAGGCAGUGACUGGUAGCGAUUCCAGCUUUCUGGACAGUGCCAAUUUCUCGGAUCAGCAGAGCAAGGGCGCGCGUUUUCUCAGGCGCCUGCAUCAAAGUAACCAUCAUUUGGAAGACCAGGCAGCAGAUCAAGUUCGGCGGCAGAAGCAACUGGAGUUGCGGAAACAGGAUCCCGUGGCAUCUAGACUGCCAUGGCUACCACUCUUGGAAUCCAGUAGGAAAGGCAAGAAAUGAUGACAUUUUCCAUCAUUUUCCUACACCAAGGGUGAACCCAUGGGGUUCAAGUUGCAAAAAAGAAGACAUCCACUGCUCUGCAACGGCACCCUGCUGAAUGCAUUUGGCAAAAAUCUGUCUUCGCUGAAGUCACAAACUGGGGUGGAAAAGUAGCAUGUUUUGGGAAGAUGCUGAAAGCCAAGUCUCAAACAAGCAUUGGGGUAUGCAGUCGAAGAGUCAGCUGGCAGUGCCUCCAGAUAGAUGUUGCUUUCCUUGGAUAGGCAUGUCAUUUGGAAAGGCAUACAUUCUCAGGCAUUAGAGAGGGCACAAGAUGCCUUCAAAGAACACUCCAACAGAGCAGGUGCAUGAAAGAUGCUCAGACCGUCACCUGACGUGAAUGGAAAUGUGGAAGACUGGCAUCCCUUUGUCUUCAAAUCGGCCAGUUUAGGUGCAAGGAGAUGGGGGUGGAGCUCCAGGUUGCGCUGCAUUGCAGGGCUGGAAAGUUCAAAGCCCUUUCCACUGUAGGACUUUGCGCCCCAGAGCAGGGAUUCUCCUCAUGAAAAUCACAGAGGCGCAUUUUGGCGGACUCGAAUUGUACCGUGGCUGGGACCUUUCCCCCCUUGCGGCCGCUAGCGGUUCCCUCGUUGCAGACAGGUUUGGGCUGGUGACAGAAAUGUUUCGAUUUGAUAUGCGAAGUUCUGCCAGUGCAGCGGUUUCGGAGGAGUUUGCACUUGGCACUUGGAGAAAGGUGCAGUGGCACAGAGGAUAGAUGGAUGUUUCUCAUCAGUUUUACUUGAGAUGGGCGUUUGCUGAUUGCAAAA